AUGGAGAAGUGUAGAGUCCUGCACCUGGGGAUGAAAAACCUCAAGCACCAGUACAUGCUGGGGGUACAUCUGGAAAGGAGCUUUGCAGAUGAAGAGCUAGGGGUCCUGGUGAACACCGUGUUGAACAUGAGGCAAUAUAAAAAGUUCAGGGAAUCCCUUUCCUGCUUCAAGCUUCCUGGGGGAAUACAAAGUGUGCAUGGGGGAACUGCAUUACCUGUAUUACCAGAAGACUAGAGGGCAAAGGGCAAGUCUCCAUGCACAUUUGUUAGAGGACAUCAACGUUUUGGUAGUGCUGUUGACCCUCGUCCAAGGAACCUUCCCAUUGAGCAGUACUAUGAUGUCAUCCUGCUGAAAAAAAGUGAUGUGCGUAUGAAUGACGAUCUGCUUCGUAAGCCACCAAGCAGUUUGGCUAAACCGCUGUGACUGCCAUUUCCCACUUCUCAUCCCUACCAGACACACAUCUCUACGUAUGCCAUGUUCCCAAACUUCAGAUCACCUGAGGAUCGAGACACUGGGAUCGAUGCAAGCAAUCAUCAGCCUUUCCACCCCAAUAUCCCUAGCAAUCCUUAUGAUGUGGUUGUUCUAAGGAAGACCAAAGAAAGAUCAUUGGAGGCCAACAUCUAUUUCCAUUUGCUGAGGAAAAGGGUCAAAUAUACUAUCCAAAUCCAAUAUACUAUCCAAUCCAAGAUGGUGGCCCCUAAUUCCACUUUUAAAGAGCUAGAACAUAACCUCUCUCCAAGAACAACCAACAUGCUACGAAACACUCAAAGGGCUCAGGGGAUCACAACCUACAGUCGGAACUUCACAGGAAGAGGUCCUAUGAAUCCCCUUAUACUGCAUGACUAUAUCGUGAAAGCAGUUGGCAGACUAACUGGAGAACUAGGUACAGACGUGGAACUUAAAGAAACAUUUCUGUCUAGUCUCUCUCAAGUGAGACCUCUUGAAGGCCGCACUGCACGUUUACUUCAAGGCCGAUGUCCCCACGAAUCUAUUCUGCAAGAACAGUGCUCCUGCCAGGAGCAGGCCCAACUGCCUCGCCGGUGUUACCAGAAAGAUCAUUAUCUGGAUACAGGGCUGCCAAUAAACGAAUUUCAGAAAAUCGCUGACACGAUUUGGCAAACAGAAGCACUGUACAAGAGGCAGUUUUCAGGAAUGUCUGAACUUGAAUCCCUUCCAAAAUCUGCACAUUCCCUUUUCUGUGAAGAUUUCAAGCCCAAACAUUUGGACCAACAUACAGUAUGGGAAAACCCAGUUAGCCUAAAUAAACCAGUCUUACCACAGGAUGUAAACAGCGAGGGAAGAAGAAUUGAAUUGCACGACCUCUGGUAUGAAGAAGCAAGUUAGCCUGCAUGGAGACCAGAGAGGCAAAUAGAGACAGCACUGCCUGAAUGGAUCCCUGGCUAUGAGGUUCUUGAGCGCCAGACAGCACUGCUGGAGCUGCAGGAUUCCUUCUCUAAGACAGCAGCACUAAAGCAUUUUCAUGAUUCUAUAAAUGGAGAGACAAAAGAUCUCAGAGAUAACAUUAUUGAGGGAAGGAGACACAAAUUCUAUGGAUUCAAUGCUUUUUAUUUCCAUAACUGA